GCCAUGGCACUUAUCAGUCUCACUUGGGAGACCCAGAAGCAGAGAGGGGUGCAAUUGUUCCUUCAAUGGGCUAUCAUGCAAGGAGUUGCAAUGCUUCUACAAAAUAGAUAUCAACGGCAAAGGCUUUGUACACAUAUUGCACUCGGCAAGGCUAGGAGAAUGGACGUUGUUUGGGGAGAAACUGCUGGAGUCGACGGUCAACUAUGGUUGUUGGCACCCAUUCUAUUCAUAUUACAGGGUUUUGAAGCAUAUGUCGGAAUUUUGCUACUUAAAGCUGCACUAGCUGGUGUUGUUUUUGAGUGGCAGUUAAGAAGUAUGUUUUGAGUAUUGUUAUGUGGAUGCUUGGAGAAGUAUUGCCAUGGGUUUUAUAUUUGUGAUUUACUUUGCUUUUAAGAUUAAAUUCUUAAUUCUAUUUCAGUAUUUGCUUGAGUAA